GAAAACAAGUCGAAAAUUGAAAUGAAACGAAACUUCAAAUUUUAAAAAUUUAAUUUAAUUUAACAACAAUUUCGAAAACAAAUAUAUAUAAAAAUGCUGCUAUUCCAUUAAGUUUAAUUCCAUUUAGUUUUAUUUAGGUGAUUUUUAAUCAUUCCGAAUAGUUUUUUCCAACUGUUAUCAAAUUUCACAUUUCGAAUUUCACGUUUUUUUCUUUUGUAUUUUGUGUUUUUAUUCUUGUCAAAUUUUUUGAUUAAUCAAAUCAAAUAAUAAUGGUUCAAAUUUGGUUUAAAAAAUCAUCUUCCAAUCUUUCAUCUCAACCAAUCAAUACGGAUUGGAUGUCAAAAUUAAGUGAUCAACAAAAACGGCAACCAAUUUCGAAAUUAAUCAUACCUGGUUCACAUGAUUCCGGUGCAUAUAAAUUAUCAACCGAAUUAGGUAUAGCAAUCGAUCGUCCUGGUUUGAAUCAAUUUUAUAUCAAUAAAUUUUCAUUCAUUACCUAUCCAAUUAUUUAUCGUUAUUCACAAACACAAUAUCAAAAUAUUUAUGAGCAAUUAAAAUCUGGUAUAAGAUAUUUAGAUCUACGUAUUAGUUUGAAUCCAUUGGAUGAUGAAUUUUAUAUUACACAUAAUUUUUAUGGACCACCAUUAUUGAUUGUUUUAUUUCAAAUCAAACGUUUUAUUGAAAAUUAUCCAAACGAAAUCAUAAUUAUCGAUAUACAACAUACCUAUAAUAUUGAUACGGAUGAUAAAUUUAAUCGAUUAAUCGAUAUAUUUAAUAUAAUAUUUCAUGAUCAAAUGUUUUUACCAACAUCAAAUGAUGAAUUUCAAAUGCCAUCAAUAAACGAUAUGAUCAAUAAACGACAACCAAUAAUGGUAAUUUAUCGUGGUAAUUAUCCAAAUCGACAGCAAGAAACAAAUGAAAAACAGAUACCAAAAUUUUUCCUACCCAAUUCAAUUAUCUAUAGUCCAUGGCCUGAUACACGUUGUCCAUUAAUGUUGGAAAAAUUUAUUGAUAAUAUUCUUUCAACAAAAAUCAAUCCGAAUCGUUUGUUUGUAAUGCAAACUGUUUUGACACCAAAUAAUCUUUUUGUAAUAAUAAAUUUUUGGAGUAGUUUACGUCGAUUAUCCGAAUCGAUUGGAAAAAUUAUCUGGAAUUUAUUUGGAUUUCAAGAACAGGAUUCAAAAAAUCAAGAUCAAGAUGAUGAUCAACAACAACAACAACGAUGUAAAAAAUUGGAUAAAAUCAAUAUCGUUAUGUAUGAUUAUAUUGAUCGUCAAUGGAAAAAGGAUGGAAAAUUUUUAAUCGAUCAAAUUAUUGCAGCU